UUACCAUCAUCGUCGGGCGCUAUGUCUGCCCUUGUAGGCCCAGUUUCUGGCGCUCUCAUUGCUGGAGGGGUGUACUAUGGUUUUUCAAACCUCAUGCAACAACGAACUGAAGAACUGCGAAGAGACCUGCACACCCUCAGCCUCCGCCUAACCGAAACACCCGCCCUAGUACAAGCACCCCCCUCAGCAGCCACCCGCAUCUCACCACACCCAUUCUCCUCAUACUUCACUUCACAGUGGAACAAUGAAGUCGCGCGUCUUUUUGCAGGGUUCCGUGUCCUGGAUAGUCGCGUGGAGGAUUGGGGAAGAGGUCUGCUCUAUGGGUUUAGAGGUGCGAGUAAGCCGGAGGACAAGAAGAAUUGAGGUUGGGAUGAGUUGGAACGAGGAAGUUGUGGUGCGAUGCAAGUAGGGUGUUGUAUAGGCCUAGUCUCUAGAUGUAUACCCGAACACUUUUAUUAUCAUUAGAGUACUGAACUUCCUUCCCUUCCGACUC